AUGACGAGAGAAAUACCGCAGCAGACGCCCGCACAGAUACCGCCAGACGCUUGGGACCCCAUCCAAUACGGGAACGCACAACCGACCGCGAAGUGCUUGUCGACAGUCAUGCAACACAUCGCGGACCUGAACGACCACCGGCCCUACGGGGUGUUCAUAAAGCCGGAGGAUGACGACGUGACCAAGAUCAACGUCCUCGUCAUGGGGCCCAUCGGCACGCCCUACGAAGGGGGCUUCUUCCACUUCCUGCUCAAGUGCCUGCCGGACUACCCCGCCAGGCCACCACUGGUGCGCCUCAUGACCACGGACUCUAAUCGAGUGCGCUUCAACCCGAGCUUCUACGAAAACGGCAAGGUGUGCCUGGCACUACUGGGCACGGACACGACCGGACCUACUUGGACGCGCUACAACACCAUCGGAAACGUGGUGACUGCCAUCAAGUCGUUGCUGUCGAACGAGAAUCCCGUCGCCGAGGGGUCAGCUUUCGGCGUCAUCCCGGCCAUGGGAACGUGGCUGAACAGCGGCAUCUGCUACAACACCGUCUUGCAGCACGAGACCAUCAGGGUCGCUGUGUGCGACGUGGUCGAAGACUGCCUGAGGGGCAGUUCCCUUUUCCCGAACCCUCUCAGGGACGAGGUGCUGAAACACUUCGCGCAGUUUUACGGCUACUACGAGAAGGUGGUCAGGGAGCGGCUGCCCCUGACGGGUUCCUUUAUGAACGACGCGUUCGAUGGCGGCAUCGCCGCGUUCCAGUACGAGACGCUCCUGACGCGUUUGCAGGAUUUACGCGAGCGGGUCGGCGCGAGAAAUUAA